AUGCCAAUAACUAAAAGAAAAAGGAAUUAAGUGUUAACAAAAACUAAAAAGAAAACUCCAGAAAAGAAAGAAUUACUUGUUAAGAAACUUAAAUAAAGCCUUAAAAAGUAUUAAAGAGCAAUCGUGUUUCAAUACAAAAAUCUGUCCACAAAUCCAUUAAAAGAGAUCCAAUAAGCAUGGAAGGCUGAUUCAAAACUUUUUAUUGGCAAAAACAAAGUCAUGCAAGUUGGCUUAGGUAGAAAUGAAGAACAAAGCGCUACAAAAAAUUCCUACCUUCUCUCUCCAUUUCUUAAAGGAGAAACAGGGUUACUUUUAACCAACAAGACUCUUCAAGAAAUCUAAGAGUACUGCGAUACAUAUAAAAUUCCAGAGUUUGCCAGAGCUGGCCACAUUUCUGAUCAAACAAUCGUCUUAAAAGAGGGAAUAGAUACCUUAAAAGGUUUUGCACACUCCAUAGAACCAUAUUUGAGAAAACUAGGACUCAAUACUCAAUUAAUAAAUCAGCAAAUAGUAUUAAAUGAAAAGUUUAUUCUUACUUAAGAAGGCAAACCCUUAACAGUUGAACAAACUAAAUUGUUGCGAUUAAUGGAUAAAAAAUUAGCCUAUCUUGAAAUUGCUCCACUUUGCGUGUUAGAAAAGAAUGGAACAUUCAAAAAAUUGUGA